AUGGCUCUUUCUUCCUCAUUCUUCUUCUUCUUCGUUUUUCUCUUCACAUUCUCUCCUCUUCCUGUUUCUGCAACCGACCACAUCGUAGGUGCCAACCGUGGCUGGAACCCUGGCAUGAACUACACUCUUUGGGCCAAUAACCACACUUUCUAUGUCGGCGACUUCAUCUCGUUUAGGUAUCAGAAGAAUCAGUACAAUGUGUUUCAAGUGAACCAAACUGGUUAUGACAACUGCACCUUAGACAGUGCUGUUGGAAAUUGGUCUAGUGGGAAAGAUUUCAUAUUACUGAAUAAGACUAUCAGAUAUUACUUCAUUUGUGGUAAUGGCCAAUGCUUAAAUGGAAUGAAAGUCUCUGUUCUUGUUCAUCCACUACCUCCUCCUCCUACUUCAUCUCAGCACAACCAUUCUAGAUCAACCUCUGCUGCUUCUAUGCUCUUGGAAUAUUUCGGACUUAACUCUCUAUUCUUGUCUUUUGGUUUUGUUUUCUUUGGAUAUCUUUUGGUAUAG